AUGGAGGGCCAGCGGCUGCCCGCUGCUCUCAACCCCAGCCAUUUCCCGGCCAAGCUCUGGGAGCUGGUGAACAGCCCGCGCUGCGGCUCCGUGCGCUGGGAUGCCCGCGGCGAGGGGCUGCUCAUCGACCAGCGGCUCUUCGAGCGAGAGCUGCUGGGCGCGGAGGCGGCCGGCGACGGGGCGGCGCUGGACGGCGAGGUCUUUAAGACCAGGAACUUCGCCAGCUUCGUCCGCCAGCUGAACCUCUAUGGGUUCCGCAAGCUGGGGCCGGGGCCGGGGCCCGGGCCCCUGCAGGACCCGGCGGGGGGCGAUGGCGGCAGCUCCGCCGGGGCUCUGCUCCAUUUCUACAGCCCCCAUUUCCGCCGCGACCGCCCCGAGCUCCUCGUAAACCUCAAGCGCCUGACGAGGGCCAACAAGGCGAAGCUGGCGGCCGGCCUGGAGCUGCCCAGCCGCCCGGCACAGCGCUCCCAGCUCCCGCCCUCGACGCUCGGCGAGGCUGCCAGGCCCGGACUGGUGACUGCAGGAGAGGCUCCUCAACCUUGUCAUCCAGACAGCUGCUUUCUGCCCUCCAGCACAGCCGCCUCAUGCCAGGAGCCCCCUGCUUUCCAGGCAGCGACUUCCCAGCAGCCUCCGGUCCCUUCCAGACCAUGGCAGGGUUCUGUUGCGUGGCUGCCAUGGCACGGGGCUCUCCCAGCUUUCCCAGGCCAGGGGGCUCCCUUUCCCGUCCUCCACAAGUGUUGCACGGAGGUCACGUACACUCUCCAGACCGUGUGCUCACUUCUGCCGCUUCAGCGAGGGGCUCCAGCCGGUGCUGCCCUUCCAGAACGGGGCAGCUGCGCGUCUCCAGGGCAGUGCUUGCAAGGCCGGGAUCCAACGGGUACGGCAAAAUGUUGUUCACCCCCUGCCCAGGGAGGUCUUCUGAGUGUCAGCGCCAGUGCUGCUGCUGCGGCGUCCACCGACUUCGUCUUUGUGCAGAGUCCUGAAUUGCAGCCACCUUCUGCAGCUGAAUGCCUGCCUUCUGAUGGGGCACAUCAUGCAUUGGAGGACGAGAAGUUGCCGGAAUUAAGCUACGAAGAUGUGCUUCAGUUUCUCGAGGAGAUGUAUGCAUCGCAGAGCGCUGAUGUAGUGACACCGGAGCCUGCAGAAAGCUGGGAUGGAGAGCUGUUGGAAAGCUACAUCAAUGCGGCCAUAGAAAGCGCUGCUGCUGCUGAAACAGCGCAAGACUCUGUGAGCACACAGGGAGCCCCUGAAGAACAGCUGGAUCACAACCCAGCUCAGUCAUCUGAAAUGUUUGCUGUGGAUGAGCUGUUCAGUGCAGAGCAAGAGAAUGAGAGUGUUAAAUGUGGAUCUGCGAGGGAAGAGAGAGAGCUCACUUCAGGAAGCGAGGCAGUGAAGAAAGCUGCGGAAGAGCCAGGGUCCUCUGCAAAACCUCAGUGCAGGAAGAGAAGACACAGCUCACAGCAGGAUCCCCAGGAGCCGGAAGGUGGAGCCUGUAAGCGGGGCUGCUUCUGGAGGAAGACGGCGGAGUGA